ACGGAGAAGAGUCCUAGAUUCUCUCUUCAGAGAGAGAGAGAGAGAUGUGGGAUGCAGAGAGGAGGAAGGCUCUGUACCGUUCAAUACUGGGCCUUGCUUCAAUCCUAGCCAUCCUUUAUCUGAAUUUUGGGGACAAAUUCAGAUUCCCAGUCAUUCUAUGGCAGCCGAGAAUGGGCUUCAUCUCCACCGUCAAUUCAUCCCAUCUCUUUAUAGACCAAGAAACUGGCCACCCUUUGGCCAUCAACGGCUGGAAUUCCUACUGGCUGAUGGACCAGAGCAUCUGGGCCGGCCCCUCCCGGCAGCGGGUGUCCGAGAUGCUCAGUCGUGGAGCCGGCAUGGGGAUGACCGUCUGCCGCACUUGGGCUUUCAGUGACGGUGGGCCUAACGCACUCCAGACCUCACCUGGGGUGUUCGAUGAACGCGUCUUUCAGGCCUUGGAUUUUGUGAUAGCUGAAGCAAGGAAACACCGAAUUAGGUUAAUCCUCAGUCUUGUAAACAAUCUGAAUGCCUUUGGUGGGAAAGCUCAGUACGUAAGAUGGGCCCAAGCAGCUGGAGUCAAUGUGACGUCCACACCCGAUUCUUUUUUCUCGGAUUCAACUAUAAAAGGCUACUACAAGGAUUACGUUAAGACUAUUUUGACGAGAAAGAACUCCUAUAGCAGAGUCAAAUAUUCGGAGGAGCCUGCCAUAUUUGCCUGGGAGCUUAUGAAUGAGCCCCGCUGUGAAUCCAGUUCAUCUGCUGCAAUUCUUCAGGCUUGGAUUGCUGAGAUGGCGGCAUUUAUCAAGAGUUUGGACCAGAAACAUCUUCUGACCGUUGGUCUGGAAGGGUUCUAUGGGCCGAAAACGUCUGAAAGAGCGGGGGUGAAUCCUGGGGUGUGGGCAGACUCACUUGGGUCAGAUUUUAUAAAGAACUCAGCAAUUGAACACAUCGAUUUUGCCUCAGUUCAUGCAUAUCCUGAUAGCUGGAUCCCAAAUGCUGAUCUGGAAGAAAAAGUAAAGUAUCUUUCACGGUGGGUGGAUUCCCAUGUGAGUGAUGGCGAGUACAUCUUGAAGAAACCUGUUCUUUUUACUGAGGUUGGGUCUUCCUUGCAUGGACAGAAACAAGGCCUAUAUGAUAGGGAUGUUUUGUUGAAGACUGUCUAUGAUAAAAUAUACCAGUCAACUAAGAAAAAGCAAGCUGGUGCAGGAGCCUUGAUUUGGCAGCUAAUGGUUGAAGGAUUGGAGGGGAAAGAAGAUGAAUUUUCUCUGGUAGCAUGGGAGCACCCAUCCACAUAUAAGCUGAUAGUUGAACAAUCUUGCAGAUUGCGACGUGAGUUUGAAGGUGGUGAAAUGGGUAGAAAAAUCAGCCACUCUGAUCCUUGUUCUGGGUUGAUACCUGGACAAUGAGAGAAGUGCAGUGACUACUCAUGAGGGAAGGAUAUCAAGCCCUUCCUCAUCCCUCAUGUGGCAAUUCAUCAUGUAUGUGCUGGGUCCAGCCUGUUCAUCAGAUGGGCCCUCAGAUUAUGUGCCAUGGAAUGAAAGCGGGCUGGUACAUUCAUCAGGCCAGCACACAUGCGAAAAAUACUGUUAGAAAUAGUUUGCUAGUCAUCCCCAUUUGGGGUAACCGCAUGCUCCACCUGAUGAUCGGACUGGCUUGAUUUUCAUUCCACGUCAUACAAGGUGGGCCCACCUGAUGAACAGCCUGAACCUCACACGCAGAUGCUGAUUUCCCGCAGUGUGGAGAGGACAAUUCUAGAUCCGACCCUUUCUGGUAGCCAUAGCAGCACUACUUGCCAAUGAAUUUUUUGUUUGGGUUUUAUGUAUGCCGAAACUUCCGAUCACUACAGCCGGAGAGAGGAUUUGUAGAAGUUGGGUUAUGCUGUGAUCAUGAAGCUGUAAUGACCACUUUUCUUGCAUGAAGGAUAACUGAAAGAAAUGCGAGAAUCAAGGAGACUGUUCUGGAGAAAUGUGGGCAAGAAAGGAUGAAGUUCAAUAACAAGUUAUCUUGGUUGAAAAGAGAAUUCAGGAGAAUUGGGUUUUCCUUGUUAGGUGAAGAUCUGUAGUACUGGGUCUUAGUGUAGAACAAAAUGGAAAAGCAAGCAGACACUGGUGUGCAGUUAAAUUAGUUGGUGUUUAUUGUAUUCAACAACAAAAAAAUGUAUUGAUGUAUAUCUAUAAAACAAAGUAAUCUUGAUUAUUUAGUGAUUAGUCGGGAUUAGUGCCGACUAACUGCUCUUUCAAUUGCUUUUGAAUUUCACAUUGUCAGAUAUGUUGUAGUUGUGAAACAUGAAAAAAGCAGUGUAACAUUAGAUAUUGGUUUCCUCAGAGAUUCAGAUAUUGGUUUUCUCCCC